AAAAAAAAAAGAAACGAAGAGAGAAAACCCUUUUCCUCCCCCCUCAUUUCCUCCACCCACGCACGAACCCGUCGUCUCCAAUCCCUCGCCGCCGCCUCCACCCCACCUCUCCUCUCCCUCCGCCCCAUCCUACCAAAACCCUAGCCGUACAGGAGCGCGCUCCCCCGCCGCCACGGCCGCCUAGAUCCCCCGGAUCCCGCGGGCGCUAGGGUUACCCCGGGUCGCGCCCCUCCAGCGGCCGCAUCCGACGGAAGUUGUCCGGGCUAGGGUUCCGGGUUUGGUGGGCCCGCCAUGCCUCGGAGCUCGCGGCACAGGUCGUCGCACCGGUCGCACAGGCGCGGCGGGUCUGCGGAGCGGUCGGAAUCCGAGGGUGAUGAGGCGGGCGGCGCCGGCGCGCGGGAGGAGGCCGCGGCGGCUAGGGUUUCGCGAGAUCCCGAGCCGGAGAGGCGCCGCUCGUCGUCGGGGAAGGAGGUGGUGAGCUCCGGGAACGGGUACGCGGAGCACGGGAGGAAGAGGAAGGACAGGGUCGAGGAGAUGGUCGUGGACGUGGUCAGUGACCGCUGGAACAGCGGCGUGUGCGAGGAUCACUUGGUCGAGAAGAGGUCCAAGGGUGAAGUAUUUGGGCCUGUCGAUGUGGAUAAGCAACCUGAGAAGUCCAGGGGAUCCGGGGAUGAAUCUAAAAGGUCGAGCAGGCGGAUGGUGGCUAUGGAUGAUAGAGCUGAGGAGGCUGUGUUGAAAAGUGAUUCUGGGAAGCGGCGGUCCGACAAGGAUUUGGGGAGGAGGGAGAGUAGCGGGCAGUAUAGGGAUGACAGAGAUAGGGAGAGGGACAGAGAUAGAGAGAAGGAGAGGGAGAGGGAAAAGGAGAAGGAAUGGGAGAGACAGAAAGAGCGAGAAAGGGAAAGAGGCAGGGAUAGAGAAAGGGACAGAGAGCGGGAUAAGGAAAGAGAGAGAGAACGGGAGCGGGACAAAGAACGGGAUCGAGAGCGUGACAGGGAGCGGGAUAGAGAACGGGAGCGCGAGAGGCAAAAGGACCGUGAGAGGGAGAAGAAAGAUUAUGAUUCCAAGCAUGAGAGGUAUGAUGAUGGCAGCGCCAAGAAGAAUGGCUCGAAGGCAAGUAGGGGAGAGGAGGAUGGUUACUCGUACAAGAGAGAUAUAGAGAUUAAUGAUCCUUUGAAAAUAGCAUCUACAGCAAAAGAGAAGUACAAUAACACCGAGAAGGAUCCUGAUAGACAUAGUCGGAGAAAAGAUGUUUCUGAAGAUAAAGAUAAGUGGCCUGCUGACAAUAGAGAUGGCGAUGAUAGAAAAACACUUUCCAGAUAUGAUCAUAGUAAAGUUAGGAGCUCUAAAGAGCAAAGGUUUGAUGAUGAUAAAUAUAAAGAAAAGUACAAGGAUGAUUAUGAAAGGGAUAAAAGACAGCAGGAUGAUAAGAUUCUGGAUGAGCGCUUGACCCGUGAUCAUGAAAGUGAUAGAGCUGAUUAUAAGAGUGCUAAAGAUGGACACAGAACUUCAGAGAACCAUUACAGAAAGGAAGUUCAAGAUGGUGAUCAUUAUGAUGAUUAUGGUAGUAGGUACAAGGAAAGUAGAGGGAGAAAAAGGCCUCCUGAGGAAAAUGAUGACCAAUAUGAUUUGAAGCCUCCAAGUGCACGGGAGCAACGCGGCAGUGCUGAUAAGUCUUCUGGAAGUGGGCGACUUGAUUCAUUGGUUGAGAGAGCGAGGUCUGACCAUAGACACCCAGAAAAUCUUGAUUCUAGUCCAAGUAAAAUCCAUCCAAGAAGUUCACCUGGCCCGAAUAGUUAUCAUGACAAAGAUCAAAAUUGGCAUGGAUCCAAAUUGACAGAUCAUGCUAAGAGAGAAAUACAAUAUGAUGAGAGAAAUAUUCGAUCAAGGACUUCAUCUGGGAGAGAACGGACACCUGGUUCUAGACUGCGUGAUAGGGAUGCAGACAAUUGGCCUUCAGAUAGGUUGAAACAAAAGGAUGAUCUCCAGUCGCGUGACAUGCAAUUGGAAAUUUCAUCAUCAUUGCAAUAUGAUCGUACUCCUAGGAAGGAUACACAUCCUUCUCCAAAGCACUUAUCUGAAAGAUCUCCAACUGAACAAAGGUUUUCAGGGAGACUUAGUGGUGGACGCAGUACUGAUAAUAAAGCAGAAAGAAGUGGCCUAACCAAAUAUAGAGAUCGAGAUGGUGACUCUUUAGAACGUUCAGUUCAUCAAGAUCGUACACCAGCUAAAGCUCCAUACAGAGAACCAACACCUUCUAGUUCGUCCAGAGGUGGCCAUUUUUCAGGCACUUCACCAAAUCAUCCACUGCCACCACCUCCAAGGCACAGAAGUGAUGAUUCUUCAUUUCUGGGUUUGCAUGAUGAUGAUCGUAGGCCUCAAAGUGGAGAUAGGAGGUUCCAUCAGAAGAGGAAUGAUAUGAGUUCUGGACGUGGGCAUGGACAUGCCUGGAACAAUCCACCGAGCUGGCCUUCUCCAGUUGCAAAUGGUUUUGUUCCCAUGCAACAUGGUGCGCCUGGAUUUCACCCACCUGUUCAUCAGUUUCCUGCCCCACCAAUGUUUAACCUCAGGCCUCAAAUGAAGUUGAAUCAACCUGGAGUCUCAUAUCCUUUGCAUGAGUCAGUUGACAGGUUUUCAACCCACAUGCGCCCAUUUGGGUGGCCCAACCCUUUAGAUGAAUCAUGCCCCCCUCACCUGCAAGUUUGGAAUGGAGGCAGUGGUGUAUUUGCCAGUGAACCCUAUAUGUAUGGCAGGCAAGAGUGGGACCAGAACAGGCAACAUAGUGUCAGCAGAGGGUGGGAGGCAACCGGCGAUGCAUUGAAAGGACAAAAUGAAUUCCAUGAGCCUGAAACUCCUGUUACUAAAAAAGAAUCCGAUUGCUCAGCUACACCUGUUCCUGAGACUUAUAGUGGGCAAUAUAAUCUUAAUCCUCGUAUUGAACAGAAAGAGAUGGACCAGACUUCAGAGAAAAAUGGAGUAAAGGAUGACCUGAAAAAUUCUUUAAGAAAUACUGGAGGUCCUGGUGGGGGUCCACUCAUGACUUCUAUGCCAUCAAGCAAUGAUACUGCAAUUUUUUCUAAAAGCUAUUUGUCCAAAAUUAACGUGUCACGGGAUCUUGUUGAGUCAGAGCUGUACAAAAGGUGCAUAUCCUUGCUGGGGGACUUGGGUAUUGCUAACAAUACUCAGGUUGUUGGGACUGGACUUGUGCAGAACAAUGUCAGCUUUGGGAAGGUAAAUAGAAAGCUUGGAACCCCCAAUCUGCUGCGUUCACGUAACCUUAAAAACAAGAGUGAUAUCUUUGAGAGAGCAAUGGCCCUUCACAAGAAUCAGAUUGCAAAGAUUGUUUCUCCUACCCCCUCCACUCUUGAGACUGAAGGGAAGAUGGACUUACCAGAGGAUAAUCAUGAUGACACAGGAAUGAUUGACCAUACUGCAUCGAAGGAAUUGUUGUUGGUUGAUAACUCUGAACCACACCAUUCUGCUGAUACCAUGGAGUCGUCUGCUGCUGGCAUUGGCGUGACACCUGCACCAACUACAGAACCUGGUAACACGGAGGCACCUCCAACAAUUAUCGAACCUGACGAAGGGAUGGAGGACGCGGUGCCUCCAACAACCACAGAACCUGAUGAAAGCAUGGAGGCAGUGGCACCUCCAACAAUCACAGAACCUGAUGAAGACAUCCAGGAGGUGGUGACUUUAGGAACUGCAGAACCUGACAAAGGCAUGGAGGAGGUGUCACCUGCAGGAAUUUCAGAACCUGUGAUAGGCAUGGAGAAUUUGGUGCCUCCAGGAGAUGCAGAACUUGCCAAACACGACAUGGAUGUUGUGGCAGCUCCACCAGUUGCAGUGCCUUCUGUCGGCCUGGGGGAUGCUGUGCUAGAAGUAAAUGUUGAACAAGCUGAUAGCACGCAGGAGAAGCCUCAAGCCAUGGGAGAAUUGGGUGAUGGCGUCGAGGUUGUGGUGCCACCAGUCGCAGAAGCUAGGCAAGGCAAGAAGGAUUCUCCUGCUGCUGCUAGUUCUCAUGAUGGUCAAACGAUUAUCUCCGGCGUGCAUGCAGGUAUUGAGAAAGGUAUGGAAGGAGAGACUGAUAAUUUAAUUGAUGAUAACCCCGGGGCUAGUGAGGUGAACGCAUCUAGCUUUGCGCUGGAUGUUGCAAGUGGCGCUGAUGAUUGUGAAGCCUUGGUGGAGAGUAGGGUAAAUUUAAGUCGGAUACCUAAUUCCCCAGAAAGUACACAUUGAAACUCCUUUCAUUUCAUUUUUAAUUACUUUCUCAUUUUCUUGUCUGAGGGUCUUCCGCCUUCCGCCCAGAGUUAUUUUGAGUUGCACCGUUCUUUU